AUGCACAAGUACAAAAAGAAGCACCGUGUCAAGAAAAUGGGAAGGGAAAAGAAAUUAAAGAAAGAAGACAGCGAAAAAGAGUUGGAGUCAGUUAUUGCUAGGUGUAAAGAUCUUGCGAAGGUGAAUCCUUCUACAUUAAAGCACUUUGCUGACAUACCUUUGUCAAGUAGAACCUUGCAAGGAUUGGAAGAAUGUGAUUAUGAAGAGCCGACGGAUAUUCAGAAGGAGUCUUUGCCUUUUUCAUUGAGUGGCUCAGAUGUUGUUGGUGCUGCAAAAACUGGAAGUGGGAAAACUCUUGCGCUAAUCAUCCCGGUUCUAGAAUGUCUUUGGAGGUCGGGAUGGUCCAACUUUGGAGGUCUUGGGGCUCUGAUUAUCUCGCCUACAAGAGAGCUUGCGUUGCAAACAUUUACCGUUAUCAAUAAUGUUGGGAAGCAUCAUGAAUUCUCAUGCGCAUUGCUUAUUGGAGGAACUGACGUGGACUAUGAGAGAAAGAGAGUCGGAGGUGUAAAUAUCAUUAUAUGCACUCCUGGGCGACUCCUGCAGCACAUGGAUGAAAAUGAACAUUUAAAUUGUGACCAGCUGCAGAUAUUGGUUCUUGACGAAGCUGAUCGCAUACUGGAUAUGGGUUUCAGCCAACAGGUAUGUUCCUUAUAGCA